CCAGUCCAACAUCCUCCCUAAUACACCAUGAUGCCCAUCUUCCAAAUGCCACCGAUCUCUGUCUAGGCGUGCCCGGGGUAGAAGUAUGAUUUGUGAACCUAAACGUGUAGCAACACUUCUGAUUCUCCGGCUGGUUUACUAAGCCCGGCUCGACAACGUGGAUCCCUCCAGGCAUCCCGUAACUGGCUCCUCCACGCCGGCAGAGGGCUCACAUGCAAUCUUCUGUCCAGGUUCGACGUCACGUUGCCACCUCAGCAUCCCAAGCCAAGGAUGCUUUAGAACCGCCUCCCUGUUCGUCGUCAUUGUUCCGCGACAAGGCCCGCGGCGCAUGCGCCGUCCUCUCUCUCUCGCACGGCGCGAGGAAAGCGAGCGCGCGAUGGAGUCGUUAGUGUCUGAGCUGUACGGGGUUCAAGCUCUGCGCUUUGGGGAGUUCGUCCUGAAGAGCGGCCUAGUCUCCCCCGUCUAUAUCGACCUCCGCGUCAUUGUGUCGCACCCGGCGCUGCUUAACAAGGUAGCGGAUCUCCUUUUCUGUUCAGCCAAAGAUGCUGCACUCAAGUAUGAUUCUGUGUGUGGUGUUCCAUACACAGCUUUGCCAUUGGCUACAAUAAUCUGCUCAACUAACAAGAUUCCAAUGCUUAUACGGAGAAAGGAAGCAAAAGACCAUGGAACCAAACGCCUUGUGGAGGGAACAAUUAAUUCAGGAGAAAUGUGCCUGAUUAUUGAGGAUGUAGUGACUAGUGGUUCAAGUGUCUUGGAGACGGCAGAGGUCCUUUGGAAAGAGGGACUGAAGGUUACUGAUGCCAUUGUGCUGUUGGACAGAGAACAAGGAGGGAAAGCCAUGUUGGAAAAACAUGGAAUUAGGCUGCACUCAGUAUGCAGCUUGUCUCAAAUUCUCAAAAUCCUUGAACAGCAGAAAAAAAUUACUUCUGAAAUGGUGGCAAGAGUAGAAAAAUUCAUUCAAGACAAUAUUUUUAGGCCGUCUGAGCAAAAUGGUACUGCUCCUAUGAAAAGAGUAUGCAAAGAAAUGAGUUACGCUGCUCGGGCUGAACUGCCAGGUACUCAUCCUCUGGCUGCUCGACUUCUCAGGCUCAUGGAGAAAAAACAGUCUAAUUUGUGCCUUUCUGCUGAUGUGAACAACUCCAAAGACUUGCUCCAGCUAGCUGACACUCUGGGACCAUCCAUCUGUAUUUUGAAAACUCACAUUGAUAUUCUGGAUGAUUUUACCCAAGAAGUAGUAAAAGAGUUGAGUGUGCUUGCUGCUCAACAUGAAUUUUUGAUUUUUGAAGACCGAAAGUUUGCAGACAUUGGAAAUACAGUGAAACAUCAGUACAAAGGUGGUGUUUUCAAAAUAGCAUCAUGGUCAGACAUGGUUAAUGCCCAUGCAGUCCCUGGCCCUGGGGUUAUUAAGGGACUGAAAGAAGUAGGGCAUCCUUUACAGCGGGGAUGUCUCUUGAUUGGCGAGAUGAGCUCCAACGAAUCAUUGGCCACUGGUGACUAUACUAAAGCUGUAGUUAAAAUGGCUGAAGAACACUCAGAUUUUGUUCUGGGAUUUAUUUCUGGCUCUAGAAUUAUUGAAAAACCUGAAUUUCUUCACUUAACUCCAGGUGUCCAGAUGCAAGCUGGAGGUGAUAGCCUUGGGCAGAAGUACCUAAGUCCACAAGACGUUAUCAGAAAAAGAAAUUCAGACAUCAUCAUUGUAGGACGGGGCAUCUUAUCUGCAUCAGACCACCUGGCUGAAGCAGAGGCGUAUAGGAAAGUAGGCUGGGAAAGUUACUUGCAGAAGAUUGGCGUUAGUACACAAAAUUAGCCCAGUUGGCUUCUACUAAACAAGCCAUUCCAAGAAGCUAGCAUGAUUAAGAAGGUAAUGGUAAUGUUUUUAUCCACCAAAUGUUUUUGUAUGUUAAAAUAAAUCUGCCACUGAGAGAUUUAGAAGCUGUUACACAAAUAAUAGCAAUGGCACUUCUGGACACUGAAAUGCAGCAAUCAGUUUUCCUAUUAAGAUGAUUCUGGAAUUCUCUCCCUGCAUUUAAAGUAAAAUAGGAAAGCAUUCCAAAGGGGCCUUUAAAACAACAUUGGCUUUGAAAAUAUCAGGGACAUAAAAAUGGAGAGAAGUCAGAAAACAUGAUGCAUCUUCAUACAGCAUAUGCAGUUCUGGUUAUCAGUUCUUAAUUAUUGUUUUCUGUAUUAGAAUAUGAGGAUUCUCCCUAGACAGUAGGUGUUUCAGUCACAUCUGGAACAUGCUUGAAAGUCUUAUGCUGGUGAGAGAUCUGUUUCUUUAAUACAAUUAAGACACUUGUUCACCUUUUAGCAAAUGCUUUGACAAUGUAGAGAUAAUUUACUACCUCAUGUUACAUUCAGAAAAUGUGUUUCUCCUGUUGAUAUUAUUUGGAAUAUAAAUAUGAAUGUCUUGUACAAUAUUAAUUUUAAAUGUGAACAUAUUAAUACCUUACUAGUUUUGUAUGGGAAAAAUGGAACAAUCUGUAUAUUGUCUUACAUAAACCAUUGCAUUUAUGAAUGUUAAGGAUUUUACAGAACAUUUGCAGCAUAAAUGAGAUAUUAGUACAGAUGUGAUGUUUCUUGUUCUGAAAUGGUCCAGAAUUCUCAAAAACCAUGUCUUAACCAGCUGCAGGAUCUUGCCCCUUAUCUCGUUCACUUGUGUCAUCAAAUUCUUCUGCAAAAAGUCUUUACGUGUUUCAGUUGAGGAGAAAAGUUGGUUUUGAUGUUUAAAUGACCUUCUGUAAUUUUAUGAUUCUGAUUUAAACAGAUAUUUUAAAUUCAGAUAUAAUUUGCAAAGUAUGUGAAAUAAAGUACUGUGUCUCUUUCAUAAAUGUGCAUCAUUUUCUGUUCAGAAGUUUCUACCACCUUAGCCUUCUAUUUUAAAUGUUACUGAGAUUGUAUAUUAUUACAAUUAUAUUUAUUUAUAUGUGGUCAAAGAGCAGACAAUUAUCUGAAACAAUAGAGCAGAAAAACAAGGUAAAUGUGUCACAAUUCACCCAAGAAAGUGCAUGGUAAUAAAACUAAAAGGUACGAAUAAUAUUAGUUUAAUGAAGUCACCUGUUGCUGUGUUUUUAUUGCAACCAGAAAAUAUUUGCCAAUGCUCUUUGUUGUAUCUUUUUUUGCAUACAUUUUAUUAUAAGUUUUAAAGAGAAGAUAAAAACUAAUAAAAACUAAUACAGAAUAAAGAAAACAAAGAGAAAAAGAUGAAAGUGCAGAAAGAAAAGAUAAAAAGAAAUAGAAACAAGCUUCCGGUUUCCUUUUCAGCAAGUACAAGUAUAAUUACAAAGUUAUCUCUACUGUAUGGUUACAAAAAAAGCUAACUUUUUUUCUAUUAUCUAAUUUGUGUCUUAUCAAAACCACAAGUCACAAGUUCAUUUUUUUCCCUCUGUUUCAUGCAAAAAGUCUAUAAAGGGGCUCUUUGUUGUAUCUUGAUUGGUAUCUUAUAAAAGAAGUUUAGUAUAAAAUGCAUCUCUUCUCCCCAAGAAUUGCUGGAAGAUAGAUGCUAAAUAAAAUUCAUGACUAUCUCUAUAAAAAUUGCAGUAGAGAAGUACAUGCUGGACAGUUACAACCUUUCCAGAGUCACACAGGCAUAUACACUCAGAUGCAGGGUUUUUAUUAUAUCUACUACUAAAAAGGGCUGAGAGUAAGACAUUAUGCCUGUCUUGAAAAAAUUAUUUCCCUAAACUGGGGGAAGUUAACAUGCAGAUAGUUUGCAGGUUUCCACAUAUUCCUACUAAUGAGUAUUGCAAAGCUCUGUAUUAAGGAGCCAAUUUUAGUUCAAAGUUCUAUGUUCUUCAGCCUUUGAUAAAUAAUUCUUUUGGCUUGAUCAUAGCCAGUAGAAAGAAGGCAAUUUUGGGGUAAUCCAGAGGAAAUGAGUUUCAGCCAGUACAACAUUAUUAAUUUCCAAGCUCAAUAUUCAAUCCCAGGCCUCCCUGCCUCAAGCCUGACAGCUGUAUCAGGGAUGCUUUUAGAAGGAGAGAGCAUGGCCUGAGAAAUUGAGUUUUUGUGUGGCCUCUAAGGGGUUUUUCUUGACCUGUGCUGCAUAUCAAAUCUGGGCCAGGGUUUUGGCUUCAAAAGUUUAAGGGCCGCUGCUUGUUGUUUGGUCUGGAUGAAAGAAUGGAUGUUGCUGAGAAACAAGAGUCUUUUACAGUUAGAAGGUCAUGACUUGAGGUUUGGAUGACAUGGAUACUUAUGGUAUGAUAAAGUUAAAAUUAAUGUGGACUUUAAAAAUCAUUU